GUGGCAGUCAUGUGUCUGAAGUUUCGGUGUCCCAGAGCACGAAAGACAGCGCUUGUCAAAUGUUUUCUGAAGGUAAAUUUACGCGGCGGAGCCCUAGUUUCGCACUGACAGCAGACGAGGAAGUCAAACACUGUCCGCCACCGAGUUCCUCUUUCAAACAAGUAAGAACAGGAAGAGAGUUUGUGAGAGAAAUUAAUCUGCAUAAAUUCAAAAUAUUCCUGGUUUUGGAAGAAUGACACCAAAUCUGUAAGGAUUAAACACACCACCAUUUUCUAAGUCAGCUUGAGCAUUGAAGUCACUUCUGGAGCCUCAUCCAACUGAAUUAGACACCGCAUCUAUCUAAUGUUUCCACCACUGAGCUUCAGCACGAGAUGGUGUGCUGGGAAUUUGACUGUUUGACAGAGACUCGACAGAAAUGUCGGAGUCAAGCGGACAGGGGAUGUGCAACAGCGGACUCCCCCGGUUCUUGAUUGGAAGUGAGGUUGGUGAAAUCAGAGAACUGGACGACACAGACAUGAGGAACAUCUCAGGGUGUUAUGGGGAGGAUGAGGAGGAGGAUCAGUCAGAGCGUCAGAUCGUGGUGGGGAUCUGCUCCAUGAUGAAGAAAUCAAAAUCCAAACCAAUGACUGAGAUUAUGGAGAGGCUCUGUAAGUUCGAGUACAUCACCGUGGUCAUUUUUCCAGAGGAGGUUAUACUCAAUGAACCGGUGGAGAAGUGGCCGUUGUGUGACUGCCUCAUUUCCUUCCAUUCCAAAGGAUUUCCCCUUGACAAAGCAGUGAGUUAUGCCAAACUAAGAAACCCCCUCCUUAUCAACGACCUCAACAUGCAGUAUUUCAUUCAAGACAGGAGGGAAGUGUACAGGAUUCUACAGGAAGAAGGCAUUGACCUUCCACGCUAUGCAGUGUUAAACCGGGACCCAGACAGACCAGAGGGUAAAGAGUGUAACCUGGUGGAGAGCGAGGACCAUGUGGAAGUGAACGGGGAAGUGUUUCAUAAACCUUUUGUGGAGAAGCCCGUCUCCGCCGAGGACCACAAUGUCUACAUCUAUUACCCAACUUCGGCCGGUGGGGGCAGCCAGCGUCUCUUUAGAAAGAUUGGCAGUCGGAGCAGUGUGUAUUCUCCUGAAAGUACCGUUCGUAAGACUGGAUCUUACAUCUAUGAGGAGUUCAUGCCCACAGAUGGCACGGAUGUUAAGGUUUACACAGUAGGGCCUGAUUACGCUCACGCCGAGGCCCGUAAGUCUCCUGCUCUGGAUGGGAAAGUAGAGAGAGACAGUGAAGGGAAGGAGAUCCGCUAUCCUGUGAUGCUCACCGCAAUGGAGAAGCUUGUGGCCAGAAAAGUGUGUCUUGCCUUUAAGCAAACAGUCUGCGGUUUUGACCUCCUCCGAGCAAAUGGCCACUCUUUUGUUUGUGACGUUAAUGGCUUCAGCUUUGUAAAGAACUCCAUGAAGUACUAUGAUGAUUGUGCCAAAGUUCUGGGGAACAUGGUAAUGCGAGAGCUGGCUCCUCAGUUCCACAUUCCCUGGUCUAUCCCUAUGGAAGCAGAGGACAUCCCUAUUGUCCCGACUACCUCAGGAACCAUGAUGGAGCUUCGUUGUGUUAUUGCUGUAAUUCGUCAUGGAGACCGUACGCCCAAACAGAAGAUGAAGAUGGAGGUCAGAAACGCCCUGUUUUUUGAAUUGUUCGAGAAAUAUGGUGGCUAUAAGACCGGAAAACUCAAGCUGAAGAAACCAAAACAGCUCCAGGAAGUGCUGGAUAUUGCUCGUCAGCUGUUGGCAGAACUGGUCUUACAUAAUGAUUGUGAAAUUGAGGAGAAGAAAUCCAAACUAGAACAGCUGAAGACGGUUCUGGAGAUGGAAUCCAGUCUGAAUGAUAAUCAGUAUGGCCAUUUCUCUGGGAUCAACAGGAAGGUGCAGCUGACUUACCUGCCAAAUGGGCAGCCCAAAGCAUCCAGUGAGGAGGAAGACGCUCUGAAGGAGGGUCCAUCCCUACUGCUGGUGCUGAAGUGGGGUGGUGAGCUGACCCCAGCAGGUAGAGUUCAGGCCGAGGAGCUGGGACGAGCCUUCCGCUGCAUGUACCCUGGAGGACAAGGUGACUAUGCCGGCUUCCCUGGUUGUGGCCUUCUCCGUUUGCACAGCACUUACCGCCAUGACCUAAAAAUUUACGCCUCUGAUGAAGGUCGUGUGCAAAUGACUGCAGCCGCAUUCGCAAAGGGUCUGUUAGCACUGGAAGGAGAGUUGACUCCAAUCCUCGUUCAGAUGGUAAAGAGUGCCAACAUGAACGGACUGCUGGACAGUGACAGCGACUCUCUCACUGACUGUCAGCAGAGAGUCAAAGCUCGAUUACAUGAGAUCAUGCAGAAGAACAAAGACUUCAGUGAGGAGGACUAUAACAAGUUGGCUCCAACAGGCAGCCCAUCUUUGGUAAACUCCAUGAGGGUAAUUGUCAAUCCAGUCAGGACUUGUGACCAUGUUCACACCCUCAUUAAAAGCCUUACUUGCCAAAUCUGUAAAAGGCUGGAAGACCCCAAAUCUGCAGACCUGCAGCUAUACCACAGCGAGACUCUCGAGCUCAUGUUGCAGCGCUGGUCCAAACUGGAGCGUGACUUCCGCAUGAAGAAUGGCCGCUAUGACAUUAGUAAGAUCCCGGACAUCUAUGACUGUGUGAAAUAUGACACCCAGCACAACAGUUCUCUGAAUCUGGAGGACACGCUGGAGCUUUUCCGUCUGUCCAGAGCACUUGCGGACAUCAUCAUCCCCCAGGAGUAUGGAAUCACUAAAGCGGAGAAGCUGGACAUCGCUAGUGCAUACUGCCUGCCUCUGGUCAAGAAGAUUCAGCUGGACCUUCAGAGGACGCACGAGGACGAGGCUGUCAACAAGCUGCAUCCACUGUGGUUCAGGUACUCGCGGGGAGUGAUGUCUCCGGGUCGGCACGUUCGGACCCGGCUCUAUUUCACCAGCGAGAGCCACGUACACUCCCUGCUUAGCAUCUUCCGCUACGGAGGCCUGUUAGACGAACAAAAAGAUGAACAGUGGAAGCAGGCUAUGGACUACCUCAGUGCCGUGACGGAACUCAACUAUAUGACACAGAUUGUUAUUAUGCUGUAUGAGGACAAUAACAAGGACCCUUCCUCAGAGGAACGUUUUCAUGUGGAGUUGCACUUUAGCCCAGGGGUGAAGGGGUGCAAGGAUGAGGAUAAUGCACCAAUGGGUUUCGGCUUCCGGCCCGCCUCCUCUGAGAAUCACGAGAAGCAAACAAACCCAGGCAGUCUCGAAGACCUUUCUCAAGAUGAGCCCGACAGAGCCACGCUGACUGAGCCAAUCAACAUUCAGAGGAAGUCGCCACUUAUACGCAACCGCAAGGCUGGAUCUAUGGAGGCUCUUUCAGAGAGCAACACUUCUUCUCGUGGACUGGCGUAUCGCAUCUUCCCGUCGACUUCUCGCCAGUCUCCUGAGAUCAAACCCAGCGGGCUAGGCGCUCAGUGUGCGGGCCUCUUCAGUGCCUCCUUCCCCAACCUGAGAGACCUAACACGAGCUCCCCGCAAAAAGCCCUCCUCGCUCAGGAAUCUGUCUUCUCAAGCCGAGCUGCUCUCUAUGCCGGCAGUAAAGAGAUUUUCUGUGUCGUAUGCCAGGCAUCCGACUAAUGGGUUUGAAGGUUGCUCCCUGGUGCCCUCCAUCUAUCCACUGGAGACGCUGCACAACUCACUGUCCCUCAAGCAGGUGGACGAGUUCCUCACGGCACUGUGUAAGAACGGGAGCGAGGCACAAUUCAAGAGGCUCAAAUCUCUGUCUGCCAUGUUUGAGUCGCACUCCCAGCCAUCCAUAGAUGUUGAUAGUCAGGAGACCCCAGUGUCCGUCCCGGUCCAGCUGAAACAACCGGCUGCACAGCCUCUCUGGAACACCAGCGGCCCUUCCAGUACUGUAUCCAGUGCCGGGCCAUCGUCUCCAUCUGUAGCAGAGCCUUCAUCCAACUUUGGAUUCAACAAUGAGUAGAUGUCUUGGAAACGUUUUUGAUCCGCUUUGCAGUAUCUGUUUAAAAGAUUGAUGUUAAGAUUGAUAUGGUCCUAGUUACCUACUUGGAAGCUGCUAAUAUUGUACUUAAUCUGCACUUCUGCCUGAACAAUAUAGAGCAACUUUGGCUGAGAUUCAGCUGAUAGUUUAAUCUGUCAGCAAAUACAGCUCUGGAACCAGUAAUUAGUUCUUCCGUUGUACUUAUGCGCUCCGGUGGAGUCGGAUAGUAAUUAUGAUCCCAGAUUCAGGGGCAGAGAGACAGAGACAUUACAGACAAUAGUAAUUGUCUGUGCAUCUUUUUUUUUUGCCCCACACCAAUGUAAUUACAUUGCACAGAAUAAUGCAACUCGAAUAAAUAUCCAAAGGAGCAUAUAGACCAAUAAGACCACAAGAAAUAUGAAUAUUUAAUCAGAUCCAGUUGAGUAAAUUUAAUUGUACCACUGUUCUUUGAUUUGUGUAUAAUUAUUUUAUGAUUUUUUUUUUUUAGAUGUUUGAUCAUAUGAUUUAUUUUGAGAUUUAAAUGAAAAUUGUAUUUUUAUUAUAUGAAAUGCAAAAAGGUAUUGUUUGGGAAUGAAUAAAUGUGUGCCGAAUGAGCUGCAAUAGACUUCUUCGAGAAUGUUCAGCUGUUUGCAAUCUGCUGUCGUGUUUACUCUGUAAAGUAUAUUUAAUUUUAGAGAACUGUAUUACUUAAUAAAAUUGCUGUAAAGUGUA